AUGGAGGUGGUUCCUUGUCAUUUGUAUGGAGGCUUCGGCUGCAUGCUUGGAGUUUACGUUACUGGUGGUAAAGAUAUAAGAACUGCCGCAACUGGAGUAUGUCUCUUUACGAAUCCAAAGCCUUACGUUACUUGGAGAAACGCUUUUUUUGACGAGUUUAUUGGUGCUGCUAUGCUUGUGGGCUGCCUUAUGGCCCUGCUAGAUGACACUAAUGCACCACCUGCGAAUGGUAUGACAGCGUUCGUCGUUGGCUUGCUGGUUGCAGCUAUCGGUAUGGCUUUUGGUUACCAAACCAGUUUCACGAUAAAUCCUGCUCGUGAUCUGGGACCUCGAAUCUUUGCUGCCAUGGUCGGUUACGGCGCCAAGACCUUGCACUUGUUCCCUUGGUGGUGGGCCAGGGGUGCCUGGGGAGCUCCAAUCGCUGGAGGCAUCGCUGGUGCGCUAGUGUACAACCUGUUCAUUUUCACUGGUAGCGAAUCUCCAGUGAACUGCCCUGAUAAAGGCUAUGUCGAACAGAGAGUUGGUAAACUACUGCACAACAGCGUCGAAGCUACAACAGACGAGGGACCAACACCUCUGAGUUCUGGGCAGCAUAAUAUUUCCUCGGAUACAUUAGUGAAAAAUGGCAAAACGGCACCCAAAUAA